AUGCCACAGAACCAACUGCACAGCUGGCUGAAUGCUGUGCUCUUUGGGCUCCUGUUUCUCCUUGUUCAUGUGCAGGGUAAGGUCAGGACUCACUGGAGUCCCAUCAGGACCACACACACUGGCCAGGUCCAAGGCAAGCUCAUCCAUGUGAAGGACACUAAAGCUGGUGUCCACACCUUCCUGGGAAUUCCCUUUGCCAAGCCUCCUGUAGGACCACUGUGCUUUGCACCUCCUGAGGCCCCUGAGCCAUGGAGUGGUGUGAGAGAUGGGACCUCACAUCCGGCCAUGUGUCUGCAAAAUCUUGAACUACUGUACCCAGAGGGAAUGAAGGAGAUGAAACUGAACCUGUUUCCCUUCUCUAUGUCUGAGGACUGCCUGUAUCUCAACAUCUAUGCACCAGCCCAUGCCCAUGAGGGCUCUAACCUGCCUGUGAUGGUGUGGAUCCAUGGUGGUGGACUGGUUGCAGGCAUGGCGUCCAUGUAUGAUGGAUCUACACUGGCAGCGACUGAGGAUGUGGUGGUGGUCACCAUCCAAUAUCGUCUUGGUGUUUUGGGCUUCUUCAGCACUGGAGACCAGCAUGCCAGAGGCAACUGGGGAUACCUGGACCAAGUGGCUGCCCUACGCUGGGUCCAGCAGAACAUCGCCCACUUUGGUGGAAAUCCUAACCGUGUCACAAUUUUUGGCGAAUCUUCAGGUAGCACAAGUGUGUCUUCACAUGUUGUGUCCCCCAUGUCUCAAAGGUUCUUCCAUGGUGCCAUCAUGGAAAGUGGUGUGACCCUGCUGCCUUACCUUAUCUCCAACACCUCUGAGAUGGUCUCCACUACGGUGUCCAAGAUCUCUGGAUGUGAGGCCAUGGACUCAGAGGCCCUGGUGCACUGCCUGAGAGGCAAAAGUGAAGCAGAGAUUCUGGCUAUUAACAAGGUCUUCGUACUGAUCCCUGCUGUGGUGGAUGGAGAGUUCCUACCCAGGCAUCCCAAAGAGUUGUUGGCAUCUGAGGAUUUUCACCCUGUCCCCAGCAUCAUUGGUGUCAACAAUGAUGAAUAUGGUUGGACAAUCCCCAGGCUCACAGGCUCUGCUCAGACAAUAAAGGAGAUAACCAGAGAGAACCUGAAGGCUGUUCUGAAAAAUACAACAGCAGAACUGUUGCUGCCUCGUGACUGUAGUGACCUGCUAAUGGAAGAGUACAUGGGGGACAUUGAAGAUCCCCAGACCCUCCAAGCACAGUUCUCAGAGAUGAUGGAAGACUUCAUCUUUGCAAACCCUGCUCUCCAAGUAGCACAUUUUCAAAGUUCCCAUGCUCCUGUCUACUUCUAUGAGUUCCAACAUCAAUCUAGCUUCUUUAAGGGUAUCAGGCCACCCCAUGUGAAGGCUGACCAUGCUGAUGAAGUUCCUUUUGUUUUCGGGUGCAUGCUCUUUGGAAUGAAACUUGUCAUCACUGAAGAGGAGAAGCUGCUGAACCAGAGGAUAAUGAAGUACUGGGCCAACUUUGCAAGAAAUGGGAAUCCCAACAGCGAGGGUCUACCCUACUGGCCCAUGCUGAACCAAGAUGAGCAGUAUAUGCAGCUGGACAUCCAGACUGCUGUGGGCCGAGCACUAAAGGCCAGAAGGCUGAAGUUCUGGACCGAGACUCUGCCCCAGAAGAUUCAAGAGUUAAAUAGAUCUGAAAAUAUGCGCAAAGAUAUGUAG